AUGUUGCUGAUAGCUUUCUAUCUUGGGCUGAGCGCCCUUGCGGCACAAUGUAAGCAAGUACAAAAUUGUGCAGCAGGUAAGUGUGAGAUGGUUGGCGGCACUGAAAUUUGUACAGAAUGCGCGACAAAUGGAAACGUUCCUAUCAAUGGGGAGUGUACACCAAAAGGUAAUGCGGCUGAUAAAUGCAAGAAAGUUAACGGUAAUGAGCUUGUUGACGAUAAGACAUGUGGAAAAUGUGAGAACACAUACUUCAUGUACAAGGGUGGAUGCUAUCAACUUGGCAGUGAUGUCGCACUCCUCAUCUGCAACGAUCAAGCUGCUUCACCUGGAGGGCGUAAUGCUGUUGCUGGCGUUUGCACAGAAUGUAAUGCUACUGGGGGAUUCUUCAAAAGCCCAGAGGCGGCCGACACGACAGAUUCCUGCAUAUCGUGCAGUGAUACAACUGGAGUGCAGGUUAAUGGCGGUAACACGUAUAAAGGUAUCGAGAAUUGUGUAGUAUGUGCAGCUCCAGAAAGAGGAACAGGUAACGAAAAUAAGAUUGCUGCAUGUGAGUCAUGUCUUGAAGGAUUCUUCGUUGCAUCUAACAAGGCAGUAUGCACACGUUGUACUGAUAAUGAUAAUUGCGCUAAGUGUGAUGCAGGCGAAAACAAGUGCACAAAAUGUAAGGCAACAGCCAGCAAACCAUAUCUAAAAAAGGGCGAAACCGAGGACUCUAAUACAUGUGUUAAUAGUAACGAAUGUACUACUGAUAAAACUUACUUCACUGAUGAUACUGACGACCCUACUCAUGGAAAGAUGUGCAAGAAAUGCUCAGAAGGGAUAGCAGACUGUAAGAAAUGCGCUCCAUCAUCACCUUCUGCUUUAGCUACAGUAUCCGCAAUUGUGUGCACAGAAUGUACAACACAGACCAACAAACCCAAUGUUGCCGGAACAGGGUGCUUCACAUGCUCCGUAGACGGAUGUAGUAACUGUAGCGAGAAUGACGUAUGUGAAAAGUGUGGACCUAACAAGAAGGUGAGCCCCGGGAGGAAGUCAUGCGUGGAUAGCUGUCCCGAGAACUCCAUUGACGAUAACUCUGUCUGUACAUGCAGCAGUGGGUACAGCCCUGACAGCAGUGGGGCCUCCUGUGUGUCCACUGGCAGUAAUAGGAGCGGGCUCUCCACGGGGGCCAUAGCGGGGAUCUCCGUCGCAGUCAUCGUCGUCGUCGGGGGUCUCAUAGGGUUCCUCUGCUGGUGGUUCGUGUGUAGGGGGAAGGCGUGA